AUGACUGGGUUCACGAGGAACCCAGAGACAAUCUGGGUUCGUCCACCAUUUCCAGUCAUUUUUCCUCCCCUUCCCCCUCAUUAGCUUUACCAUGACUGGGUUCAUGAGGAACCUAGAUUUGCUUUGGGUUCGCGACGAACCUAGAGCAGAUCUGGGUUCGUCACGAACCCAAGUCUACUCUACUCUGGGUUCGACGCAAACCCAGAGCAGAUCUAGGUUCGUCGCGAACCCAAGUUUGCUUUGCUCUGCUUUGGGUUCGACGCAAACCCAAGUCUGCUCUGGGUUCGUCGCGAACCCAGGUUUGCUCUAUUCUGGGUUCGACGCGAACCCAAGUUUGCUCUGGGUUUGUCGCAAACCCGUUUCUUUAUUGCUAUAGAUUAGGUAAAAUUUGUUGAUUAUAUUUAUGUUAGAGUCCAGUUUGAUUCAGGGUGAUUCAUUGUCAUUUUGAUUCUUUGUUGCAAACCCACAAUGUUCAUUAUUAAUUCCUUGCUUUUAAUUGUGGAGUACUGAAUGAAAGAGGCAUUCUAAG